UUUGUUCUGUCAGUUUUAUUAUAAUGAUACACAUUGCACGUGAAAAUGGCGUCUCUGUCGUAGACAGCGGCACUGAAGUGAAAAUUUCCAACUCUGAACUACAUAAAGAACCGAAACAGUCAAAUAGUAAUAACAAAAAUAAUAAUGUUAAACCACAGCAACAACAACAACAGCAGGAAAGGAGGAAGAAUAAAAAGAUAGAUAAAGUGCAAUGUGACGGUAGAUUAAAAAUUAUAAUAAACAGAGAAAAUGAAUUGCGAUCUAGAUGGCCAGAACGGUGGGGGUUUUAUUCGAAAAACAACGUGGAAAAAAUGUGGAGCGAACAUGCUGUCAAUUUAGGGCUACCGGAAAACUUUAUUGAUCUUAGAAGACAAAAACUACGUAAACAAGAUAUAAUUCAGCCGUUGAUCGAAGCAGUACCAUCACCAGUUUGCGUUCCCAUAACGUCGUCGGGUUUUAUAGGAUGGCGUUCUGCGCAAGGAAUUUGCAAUUUAGAAAUGUUUGGUAGAACUUUUGAUUACAAUAAACUAGAUAGGCGGAUGUUAAAAUCAGAUAACGAGCCAGAUCAAAACCAACAGAGAUUUAUAAUUCUAGGAUAAAUGAUUCAUGUUUAUGAAAAUGAAGGCAAAGUAAUUAUUUUUAAAUAUCUACAAUAGCUGAUAACUUUUCUCCAGAUAAAUAUAUAUGGAUUCACUUCAACUGCAACCAGUUUUUCUCAAUUUAAAAAGUCAAAAAACAACAAAUUUUAAACGACAAAAACCAAGUAUAGGUUUUAAUGGUAUUACAGAUGUAGUAAAAAAAAAUU